UUUCUUUCACCUCACUCAACCUCCAUUGUUCUUGCCUGAUUUAGCAAACCUCUCACCAGCAAAAUUAAAACCCUUCUCCUCUCAUUCUUGACCCAAGAUCUCCUCAUCAAGCACACCACCUUGGUCAUCAUCAUCAUCACUGGAGAUCAUGUCGUGUUCCGGAGAAAGAGGAAAGAGCUUGAUGGAGGGACCGGGAUCAGGAGAGCAGCAACCGGCGACACCGAGCCGGUAUGAGUCACAGAAAAGGCGGGACUGGAACACGUUCGGACAGUAUCUCAAGAACCAGAGACCACCUGUUCAUCUGUCUCAGUGCAACUGCAACCACGUUCUUGAUUUCCUCCGUUACCUCGACCAGUUCGGCAAGACCAAGGUCCACGUCCCUGGCUGCAUGUUCUACGGCCAGCCCGAGCCGCCAGCUCCCUGCACUUGCCCACUCAGACAGGCCUGGGGGAGCCUCGACGCUCUCAUAGGCCGUCUCAGAGCGGCUUACGAGGAGAACGGCGGCUCGCCCGAGAUGAACCCUUUCGCCACCGGAGCGAUCAGGGUUUACCUCAGGGAGGUCAGGGAGUGUCAGGCCAAGGCAAGAGGUAUUCCGUACAAGAAGAAGAAGAAGAAGCCGACACCGAAAAAGGAUCAAGAUUCUUCUUCUUCUUCAUCGUCCUCCUCCUCGUUCCGCUUCUCUUAGAUUUGGCUUCUUGUCGAAUCUUGAAUCUCGCCGGCUUCUGUCUCCAAUGCACGGACACACAUUGACGACUGUUGUGCGACAGUGGCGGUUCGAGGCUGUAAUAAUUGGAUCUUUGAAUGCUACGGGAUUUUAGUUAUAUGAUGUGCCUCUUUUAAAGAUUUUGUAGAUUCUGUGCCCCAUCCAUAAGCUAAGGGCAUCAACCUCGAUCUUUUUGCCAUUAAUUUAUUUAUAGACUAAAGAAAAAUGACACAUAAUUAAGUGAACCCUGCUAUAUGAUUAUAACCUAUGGUUAUAUUAAGGUUCUUUAACAACAGAAACACAUAAUAUUUUAGUGUUUAAUUCCAUAUAUGCUUUAAUGCUUUUUCCAUCUCCAUUUUGCAAAAUUUCAUGGACGAGCACAUUCUGGUGCUAGAAUCUCUCUUUAUAUAUAUAUAUAUAUUUAUAUAUAUGAUCAAAGCUAGAAAGAAUCAAUUACAUAGAUAUGACAUUGAAAUUGUUUAUACUCGGAAUCAGUUUGGUUAGUAUCCGAAUCUUGAACAUAAUUUGUGUGUCAAGAUAAGGAAUCAAACGGUACACCCCACAUGUAUAUGAUGAGAACAUGUAACUAUUCUAAGGCAUAUGUAAACUUUGUAAGGACGUACUAUGAAAACAAUUAUGCAUUUGAAAUUUUUUCCCCAUCCAUCUAAUUAUAAAGUAUAUACGCUUUUUGUGAAUAGUAAGUACAUAGAUUCUGUGUGUAUACACUUCGGGAAAAGAUCUUUGUCUCCAUUAGGUAUGGAAAAGCUUGCCCGUCAUCGUACGCACAUAUUUGUGUAUAUAUAUACACCGUAUCGUAUAAUUAAUCAUAAUCAUAUGUGUACAUUUGUGUGUAUAUAUAUGUGUCAAGACUAUAUAUGGCAUACAGGUUACAUAAGAACAAUUGAAUGUAUGAGCUUAUUAAUCAUGUGGUGAUA